UAUUAACCUAACAUAGUAAUAGAAGAACAAAAUACUCCCUUAAAUAGUCCCUUGGUGCUGCAUAAACAAAUGGCCCAAAAACAAAUCCCCUGAAGAACAGGAAGAACUGAGAAAAUAAGAAACAGAAGAGAAGAGGAGAAGCAGAUCGAGGAGUAGUGCCGUGGUUUCCAAGUUGAGAAGAAAAUCGAAACCGGAAUUGGGAUAGAAGAAAUGGAGGGAGUGAUGAGUUUGGUGAGAGGGGUAAUAUUCCAACCGCCGCCGUCACUGUUGGUCUCGGCGAUGUCGGUGGUGGGUGUAGUCUCCCUGGGAAACGCCGGCUUGUCGGAGCUCCGAGGCAACCACAUGAAGUAUUCCAAGUUCGCCGCCCAACCAUCCGCUUCUACCUCGCCGUCGCCGUCCUGGUCCUCCCUCCCCAGCAGAACCGGGAUGCUUGUGGCCUACACUCCGGCAUUCCUCGCCGCCUUGUCAUCCCUGCUCCUCCUCCACCAUGGCGGUGACGGAGCUUCGUCUUCUAGGAUCUUCCUGGUCGAAUCCGCCCUCGCCGUACAUUUCUUCAAAAGGGUUUUCGAGCAGACUCUAUUCCUACACAAGUACAGUGGCACCAUGGCCGCAGGCACAGCGAUUCCGAUAAGUGUAAGCUACUUCAGCGUUACAGCGCUCACAAUCUACACCCAGAUUUUGACGCAGGAGGCCCUGCUCCCAGAGCCAGCCGUGGAUUUGAGGCUCUACGGGGUGGUUCUCUUCCUCAUCGGGAUUGCAGGCAAUUUCUAUCACCAUUACUUACUCUCCAAGCUGAGAUCGUCCGGCGAUGACGGCAAGAAGAAAGAGUACAAGAUCCCCAAGGGUGGGAUGUUUGAGCUGGUGAUUUGCCCUCAUUAUCUUUUUGAGAUUCUGGUUUUCUACGGUAUCGCGCUCAUCUCACAGACGCUCUAUUCCUUCUGCGUCGCGGUCGGGACAAGUCUCUACCUGAUGGGAAGGAGCAAAGCCACAAGAGAGUGGUACCUCUCUAAGUUUGAUGAUUUCCCUCCUCAUGUCAAGGCUCUCAUCCCCUUUGUUUUCUAGAUGAUCAAUCAGUAUGAUUGAAAUUAAGUGAGGGUUAAUCGUAUUUGCUGAAAAGCUCUGCUCAAAGGUGAGUUGGAAAAUGGUAGCUCUGCCAAAGGAUGAAAGAGGUUUGAGGUUUAAAGAAUGGAAUGAAGCAUCUGCGGUGAGGCAUAUUUGGACUAUUAUAUUACUGAGAAGUCUCAGUGUGUGAAAAUCCUGAACAACAGGUAUGAGCUUCUAUGGAAGCAGGUGUCAAUUCUCAGGAACUCUGUAAUCACCUGUUUGGUCUCGCUAGAUCCAAAUAGGGCUGCAAAUGAGCCGAGCCGGUCGAGUUUUACCCAGUUUGAGCUCGACUCUUUUAUAAAUGAGUCGAGCUCGAACCAGCUUGUUUACUAAAAUUUUGACUUUUAUUUGGCACUUCAUGGUACAUAUGUAUUAUUUUGUUAGUUAAUCUAGUAUUAUAUAUACUUCGUUGGUAUCAUAUA